GAAAAAGAAUAUAUUUUCCCAACAGCCUUUUGCCGAGACCAUGAAAACUAUGAAGAAACGCAUACAAUGCGAUAAAAGAGAUUAUGUAAAAAGAAGACGCAUUGAAUCGGAAAAAUACCCAUCUUUAUUACCUGAAAAUGCUAAUAAUGAUCAUGAAGAAACUCAUGCUACAUUUGAAAUAUCUGCACAAUCUACUUAUAAAGUUUCGGCCAAAAUAUACAUAGAAAACUUUAAUUCUUUGCAAAAUGAUGCGCUUGAAAGGAUGAGAUGUGCUAUAAAAAAAGCCAAAGAAGAUAGAAAUGCAGAUGAUUAUAAAUUUAAAACUUUACUCGGAGACUUUUUAGCACUAGAUGAUGAUCCGAAAUAUCUUUGUGAUGCAGAAACAUUAAAGAAUAACAUUUCAUCCUUUCUUUCUAUUUUGACUGACUAUCAAUUGGCUCUCGAGCGUUUAAUAGCUCUUAGAUCUUCUGAUAUUUAUAAAUACAGAGAUGAGCAUAACAAAGAAACUAAUCUUGCAAAAGCAGCAAUUGCAAAAGUUAUUUCAAAUACUUUUUCUCAAAUGAAUAAGACUAUGCUUCACAAAAAAGUAUUAAAAAAGCUCACAAAAGCUGUUAAUCUUGCUUUACUUAGCAUUGAGUAAAUCAUUUCUUUCGAUAAUUUUACAUAUUUAAAUUAACAAAAACAUA